GAGAGUGAACAACCAUCCAUAUGGCUCAGCAGGGAGUUCAGCUGGACCAGGACCAGUUCUGUUGUUCUGUCUGUCUGGAUCUACUGAAGGAACCAGUCACCAUCCCCUGUGGACACAAUUACUGUAGAAACUGUAUUGAGGGCUGCUGGGAUCAGGAUGUUCUGAAAGGGGUCUAUAGCUGUCCUCAGUGCAGAGAGACCUUCACUCCAAGGCCUAAUCUGAGGAAAAAUAACAUGUUGGCUGAGAUGAUGGAGAAACUGAAGAAGACAGAACUCCAGGCUGCUCCCCCUCCUGCUCUGUGCUAUGGUGGACCUGGAGAUGUGGCGUGUGACGUCUGCACUGGGACCAGAAAGCGGAAAGCCCUCAUGUCCUGUCUGCCGUGUCUGGCCUCUUACUGUGAGACUCACCUCCAAUCUCACUAUGAAUCUCCUGCUUUGAAGAAGCACAAGUUGGUCAAAGCCACCGCACAACUACAGGAGAAGAUCUGCUCUCAUCAUGACAAACUGCUGGAGGUUUACUGUCGUACCGAUCAGCAGUGUGUCUGUUAUCUGUGUACAAUGGAUGAACAUAAAGGCCAUGAUACAGUGUCAGCUGCAGCAGAGAGGACUGAGAAACAGAGGCAGCUGGGGAUGAGUCAGCAGAAGGUCCAGCAGAGAUUCCAGGAGAGAGAGAAGGAGCUGAAGGAGCUCAGACAGGCUGUGGAGUCUCUUAAGCACUCUGCACAGGCAGCAGUGGAGGACAGUGAUCAGAUCUUUACUGAGCUGAUCCGCUCCAUUGAGAGAAGGCGCUCUGAGGUGAAGGAGCUGAUCAGAGCCCAAGAGAAGKCUCAAGUGAGUCAAGCUGAAGGACUCCUGGAGCAACUGAAGCAGGAGAUAGCUGAGCUGAGGAAGAGAAGCACUGAGCUGGAGCAGCUCUCACACACAGAGGAUCACAUCACUUUCCUCCAGAGUUAUCAGUCUCUCUCCAGUAUAAGUGUAUCUUCAGACUUACCCAGCAUCGUUGUCCGUCCUCUUCAGUACUUUGGAGAUGUGAGUAAGACUGUGUCUGAACUGAGAGAGAAACUAGAAGACUUCCUUAAAGGAAAAUGGACCAAGAUCUCCACUACAGUGAAUAUAGUUGAUGUUGUACUGCCUCCAGAGCCCAAGACCAGAGAACAGUUGUUACAAUAUUCUUGUCAGCUCACACUGGACCCAAACACAGCAAACACAGACCUCUCUCUGUCUGAAGGGAACAGAAAGGUGACCUAUACAGACCAAGUCCAACCACAUCCUGACCAUCCAGACAGAUUUACUAACUACUACCAGGUUCUGUGUAGAGAGGGUCUGUCUGGACGCUGUUACUGGGAUGGUUAUUGUUUCAGCCACAAUCAUGUUGAGACUAAAGUAUCAGGCCCUCAGUCCUCCAGAGUAGGAGUGUACCUGGAUCACAAGGCAGGUACUCUGUCCUUCUACAGUGUCUCUGACACAAUGACCCUCCUCCACAGAGUCCAGACCACAUUCACUCAGCCCCUCUAUCCUGGGUUUUGGCUCUUUGUAGGAGACACUGCUGAGCUGGUUAAACUGUAGUAGGGUCCACAUAGAUACUAGUCAUGCUGGUGUAGUCUAUAGCUGAGCUGGUUAAACUGUAGUAGGGUCCACAUAGAUAUUAGUCAUGCUGGUGGUGAUGGUCCCCAGAUGUGAUCAUUCAUUCUGCUCAUAUUUUAAAUGCAAUAUUUUAAUCUUGUACAUUUCCGUGAAUCAUGAUGUAUGGUGUUGAUGUAUAUUGGUUGUCAUUCUCAAUUGGUUCUCUGUCUAUGUAAUUCUCCUCAGUGGCAUUGAACAGGUAUUUUUUCACUAACUAACUUAACUAUAUGGGACGGACACAGAUGAAUCCUAGAAGCAUGUUCAAUGUAGAUGUCCGGGAAACCGGCCCUAAAUGUGUCAUCUUUCAUCCUCCCAUACUGCUCAGUCAAGCAACAUUAAACCUGUCCAGCAGGUGGUGCUUUUGACCAAACAAUAAAACCAGCAGAUAUCUUGACUUGCCACUCAGUAUGUCAGUAAUGUUCAGAAUAGUACUUUAAUAUCRUUGGAGAUUGAUGGUCUUUUUAAUCCACUAUCCAGAGUCAGGAACAGAUGAAGUUAGGUCUGCUACUGUUCAGUGAUUAAAUAUGAUUUAUGGUGAUGGGAAAUAAAAAAUACAACACUAAACUUCAUCUA